UCUCAGACCUUGGCUAAGUUUAAUUGCAAGUUGCAAUGUACUCUCCUUAUUCUGUUAACCAACGCUUGUUUAAAUGACAAUGUAUUUGUUGUAUGAUAAGGUGAGUAUUAAAGUGCUGAUUAACACCUUGUUGGUGCUGAAAAAUUUUCAUCCUUUGGAUAUUACUUCUAAAGUGCCCAGCUUAAAGUUUCAUCCAGCAUGAACAGAUCAAGAAAAUGGAGCGUCUAUAUUGAAAGCUCUUUCUGCAGUUAUGCUUUCAACCCAAGGGUUACAGUUCCAUUAGGUUCUCAUAAUGGUGGCUGUGUUUCUGUUUCAUUCAUCUCAUUCCAUGGGGCUGAUAAAUUUCUGCUUGAUACGGUGUUGGAUAUGUAUUGCACUCUUCAAGAGCAAGUUAGUGUUGCCUCCUAUUCUUUGCCAUUACCAGAUACCAAUGGCAACAUUGAAACUUAUGAGCUUCUAGAGGAGAAGAGAAAUGCAGCCUUUAAAGGAAGCCAGAGGAAUAAGGCACUAUCUUACUACACUAAGGCUAUCAAACUGAAUGGCAUGAAUGCGACUUACUAUUGUAGCCGAGCGGCUACUUACUUAAAGUUAGCCUGGUAUGAGAUUUCUCCUAUUUGCCAAUUGUUUCAAGUUCAACUUGGUGGAAUUUUCUGAAAGAAAAGAGACUGUUUGAAUUUAGAAGGUGAGCAUUUUAUAUCUCAUGUUAUGC